AUGAGGGAGUGCGUGAAGAGACUAUACACCUGCGCUGCAGGUGGUGCCACGAAGGAGGAGCUGGCGAGGAGAUGUCGGGCGACGCCUUCGAUGAUGAAGAAGAGCACCAUGAGUCCGCGCGAGCGAAGCGAGGUCUGGGACAGGCUGCAGAGCCCCCGCGCGGUCGAGGCACCGCCGCCGCCGAAGCCCCAGCUGGCGCUUCAGCCCUGCGAGGGCAACUCGCGGAUGGCCGCGGAGAGCGCCUCCACCUCGACUCGAAAGCGCGGGUGCAGAAGAGGGCGGCCCGCAUGGAGCAGCGGCGGCAGGAGUGAGGCCAAGGAGGCGAGCCUGGCUUCCGCCAGACACGACAGGCCUGGCGACCCGAUGGCCAUAGCGCGCCUGUACAGCGACCCCGGGUUCUGGUCCAAGGCGUCGGCUGCGGAGCCGCAGGACGACCCCGAGAUCCAGCGGCUCGUGGCCGAAGAUCGGCACAAGAAGGCCGCGCACGCCAACCUCAGCCCCGCGCUGCGCCAGUCGGUCUCGAGACUCUACGACGACCGGCGGCGCCUCGAGGACACCCUCGAGGAGAAGCGCAAGCUGAAGGAGCAGCUGGAGGCCAAGGAGCUGAAGGAACGCAGCGUCCACGGCGACGGGCCGUGCGGCGACAGCAGUGUCUUCGAGCGGCUGUACACCAACUACAAGCUACCAGAAACGCUUCAGGAUAACACUUUUUACGAGGCCCCUUGUGCUGGCGGGACGAGGCCUCCCCCGGCCGCCAAGACGGCGCUCGCCUCGGCCAGGUGCCCCCCGCAGAGCGCGAGGAUUCCGACCACCUCCUCCCGCGAAGCGGCUCAGCCCUCUCCGAAGUCGGCGCCUGGCAUGGGUUCACCCAGGGGCUCUCCCAGGAGACUUCAGCUCCGUGCACAGCCGUGCAGGCCGUCCCGAGGCCGCCGGCGCUGGGCCUGA